CACACUGAUAUUUUGGGCUGCUAACUGGCAGCGUUUUCCUCUUCACUUUCUCCAAUAUAAAGAGUUUACAAGACUCUAACUGACUCCUACUUACACGGUCAAUCCGCAGCUACUGGACAUGCCAUCCCACGUCCAGCGAACAGGCCAUGCUUCUUCCUGAAGACUCGCUCAGCGCAUGACUGCAUGCAGAGCUCCUAAACAUAUGCACAGCCGUUAGCUAAUCGACUGGCUUAUUGACCUCUAACAUACAAGCACAGGAUUAAUUCUAACACUGGCUGCCUCACUCGCCCUUGCUCCAUAAAACCCCCUUGACCUAGGGCCUGCUCCAAGCGCCCACCGGAGCUCCGCCGAGGAAGGCACUGCAAUCUGCGAGCCUUGCAGAGGUUUAUUUCCUGGGAAGAGGAAGCGGUAGAGCUAGCUAUGGGCAACUCUUGCGUCACUGGUGCUCCUCAUGCGCUGCUGGAAAAGGCCGAUGGUCCAGCUUUUCAGUGGAAGAUUUAUGGCUUCUCAUCUCUACUUGAGAAGGGAGCUACAACUGUCACCUCUGAUGUUUUCCACUGCUGUGGAUAUGAGUGGUACCUGACGGUAACCCCAAAGCAUAAAAAAUUCGGUUUUGGAAGUCCAUAUGUUGCUGUUCGUCUUCUUACAGGAAGAAGCACCCUGGAGCCAGAUUACAUCAUGAAUGCACUAUUCGAGUUGUCAAUAUACAACCAUUCCAACAGAACAUAUUGUGGAUGCCAAGCUAGCAACAGCUUCCUUGUGAAGAAGUGGUACUCAGAGAAAAAAUGCUUGAUUCCUCUUGAAGAACUACUGGAAUCAGCUGAUUUUCUGGUUGACGAUAGCUGUGUCUUUGGUGUAAGGAUAUUAAAAGCAGAUAUCUCUUUUGCAAGAAAGAAAACUGCUGUGGUUCCCAAAAAGACCGUUGUGGUUCCAAAGAAACCUACGACAAUUCAGAAUCUCUUCAUUCAGAAAAAGGAAUUCAUCAAAGGGACCUACACCUGGACCAUGAACAUCUUUCUUGACUCGAAGCUCGCAGUGCUUUCCCCAGCAUUUGAAGUUGGCGGUUAUAAAUGGCAUAUAAAAAUGUAUCCACGUGGUAACAAGCUCAGCACCAAGUCACUAUCCCUGUUCUUGUACAUGGAUAAACCAAGCAUGCUCACUCUUGAGCCUGGGAUGAUGAUUGAACUGACCUUGUCCAUCUUGGACCAGAAGAACGGGAAACAGUACACCCGCUCACGCUCAGGCUGCUUCGCAUUUGCAGCAGCAGAUUACUGGGGAUGGCCCAAUUUCAUUCCACGUUGGCUGUUCAAGGACCAGUCCUUUGGCUACCUUGUGGGGUCAAACUGCAUUGUGAAGGCAGAUAUUGCUAUCGUUGGGUCAUCCAUUGUUGGUUAGACCUUAAGUGAUCUUAGGAAGCCGUAAUGUCCUUAAAUACUACCACUGAUGCCUAUGAGGCUAUAAUGGUUCUGUUAGCAAACACUACUGAUACCUAGUGGUGACCUUAUUUAUGAUGGUAGAGGUGACCUGAGCACUCAGGUUGAGAAAACGUGAGGGGAUGAUAUGCAUAUGUCUAUUGGCAUGGGGAAUACUUUUAAUUGAUCUUA